CCUUCCCCCCACACCGGAGACCACGCUCUUGCCCCCGUGGCGACCCGAACGGCCACCCGCGGCCCACCAUCCGAUCGCCAUGACGCCCGAGUUGCUGAUUGCCUUCGGCCUGGUGGUCACUUCGAGUGCCAGCUUGUGGAUCGCCAUGGCGUGCCUCUUUUGCCGAAACCUCCGGAGAGAUGGAGGAGGCGCUCCAACCACGAGUCGUACUGGGACGGAGAGGCCAGUGGUCACCGGCGACCGGCAAAAGAAGAAACGUAUGGCCGCCACUUCGGCCAUUGAUGGCUGUCCUGAGCUCCGCUGGAUGCAGGAGGGCACCUGUGCCAUUUGUUUGAGCGAAAUCCGACCCGGCGCAAAGCAGCUCCAGUGCGGGCAUUGCUAUCACCGGCGCUGCUUGUUUGACUGGUGUUGCAAAGGCUUCGGCAUGAAAGAUCAGCAGAUUGAAUGUCCGUUGUGCCGACAGAAGCACCCGAAGCACCCGACGCACCCCAUGCAAGUGGAGGCCCAGGAUGUGGAAUCGCUUGAACCGGAACUUGAUGCCAGCCCGAGUUUAGUGAGUGUAUGAUAGUGACAGUAUUUGUAGUUUGCAGAGCUGCAGCUCAGCUACUGCGGCAGCGUGUGUAGCCUGGCCAGCAAGGCGGCCUAGAGCAUGUGCCACCUGUGCCAGGUUAGGGGUGUUUGGGUGUGCUGAAGCUUCGGUAGCUAGUCAAUGGGGUGAAAGAACCACUUCGCUCCUUGGCUUCCAAAAUCCGAAUCUGCCAGACUUGUCCGGCAGAAGUGAUGCCUUUGCAUCUCUCAUCUGGUCAACGUCGACGCCGGCGAAGAAGCUGUUGUCAACUUGGCCAAGCGUUUCGGCAACCUCUGAAUUCUAGGUUGCGUUGGGUUCCUUUGCGCUUGAAAACACAGCGCGUGUUUUCUGCACAGCCAGGAGUUCAUUUGCUUGCACAAGCCGCCAAAUCCCGAAGCAAGGUUCAUCCACAGGAAAGACACUCCUAGAUUUAUGUUGGGCAAUGGCAGCCAU